GCUUCCCCAUUGGAAGCAUUUUUUUCUGCUGCAAAAAAUACAAUAAACAUGUCUUCAAUUUGCUCGGAGUUUCAGGACUGUGAAGAAGAAAAAACGUGUUCGCCUGGUAAUCCAUUAAAAGAGGAGAAAAAGCUGUGUGCACCUCUCAGACGUCUCUACAACCUCAACAAGAGAAAGUCAUUCGCUGCUUUUGUGUCAUCCAAGCGGGAACCGGGUCCAGAAGCAGGCGGGAGUCCAUCUUGGCGGUGCUGUGGACUUACUUUCACAGAGCACGCCACAGUACACCGGCACGUUGCCAGGAUGCACGCCGGUGAAAUCCAGCGGGUUGCGUGGGCCCAUUACGAGCGAACGCUUAGCCAAAGCCGGCAGGGAGAGGAAGAUGAUGUCAAACCGAGCGAUGAAAGCUUAUGUGUGAACAUCUCUGCUUGGAUGCCAGAUAUUAGUCAUAUCCCAGAGGAGCAACUUGAGAGAGGACCUGGCAAAGUUCUACUGUACUAUCACUACUGCCACGUGGAGGAGCCGCACGUCGUCUGCGCUUGGCAGAGAGCUUUGUGCCAGCGUCUCCGCCUAACCGGCAAGGUGAGAGUGGGUACAGAGGGCAUCAACGGAACCGUUGGUGGGACCCGCGUCGCCACUGAGGUCUACGUGGAUGCCAUGUGCUCGCAUCCGCAUUUCCACAUGGUAAAAAAGGAUUUUAAGACAAGCGACGGCGGUUCUGAGUGUUUUACCGAGCUGAAGGUGGGGGUCUUCAAGGAAAUUGUCCCAAUGGGAUUGGACCCCAAUGUUCUCUCCUAUCGACUCGCAGGAGUUCAUCUAGAGCCGGAGGAAUUUCACAAAAAGGUAGAAGCUCUGAUGGCUGAGGGCGAUGAGCACAGUGACACCGUCCUGCUGGACUGCCGUAAUUUUUACGAGAGUAAAAUUGGUCAGUUCUCGGGAUGUCUGGCUCCAGACAUCCGCAAGUUCAGCUACUUCCCAGACUACGUGGACCAGAACUUGGAGCUCUUCCGAGACAAGAAGGUGCUCAUGUACUGCACUGGGGGAAUUCGCUGUGAGAGAGGAUCCACUUACCUCUGCUCCAAAAAAGUAUGUAAAGAAGUUUACCAGCUAAAAGGUGGAAUCCACAAAUACCUGGAACGCUUCCCGGACGGCUUCUACCGCGGGAAGCUCUUCGUUUUUGACGAGCGCUACGCCAUCUCCACCAACAACGACGUCAUCGCGGUUUGCAGGUACUGCGGACGACCUUGGGACCGUUACCAGCUGUGCACCACGCGCUUCUGCCGCCAGCUUGUCCUCUCCUGCACCGCCUGCCGCUCGGAGGGGCGUAGCGCCUGCUGCCUCGGCUGCUCGACUGGCGGCGCGCGGCGUAAAGAAGAGUGCGAGUGCACGGAUGGACGUCUCAGGAUCCCUCAUGAUGUCAUUGAUGACGAAAAGCCCAUUCAUUAGGUACACUAGGUUGAUGAUCACACAGAUGGCAGGAAAAGUGGGAAGCUUUAGGUACCAUAGGCAGUGAUUUUUGGGGCAGUGGGGCGCACAACAUGUUGAUGACCCUGAAACGCAGUGUCAGCAAUAAAAAUAACUGAAGUUGAAAAUGAGCGUUUCUUGUUUCCCAUCAUUCUUGAGGGGAAUUCUAAAUCAGGCUACUUAGGACAGCUAUACUUUUCGCCAAGAUCGUCAUCCACUGAAAAUGGUACGCCUGCUGAUGUCGUGCAAACUUAGCCACAUCAAAAAUUGUAUCCCCUGGAUCUUUUUUUAGUCAUAUUAUGUAACAUACGUACUGAACGUAUAAAAAAAUAGGCAAUGUUUUACUGUUUUACUCAUAGGAUGACCUAUAACUGCUAUUACUAUAAUUCAAGGCCUGUAUGGAGUUUCUCCAGUUUAACUCAUUCACUCCCAGCCAUUUUCAACGGUGCAACCCCUUUCCCUUCCGGCCGUUUUACUGGAUUUUGACUGAUUUGCAAGGCCCACAGAAAAUUUUGUUCUAUUGCUAUAUAAACAUGGAACCCACCAAAAGAAAGAUCAGGCUCUCUUCUUUCAGCAGGAAAAAAGUAAGUUCAUAUCUUUUUCCAUUCUUUAGAAAUCAGUAUUAGAAAAUAGCGUAGUUUGAGUUAAAUUUCUGAUGAAAAAACAGAGAAAUUGAGCUUUUUGUGAAAGCAGACAUUUCAAGCAUAACUUUGACUUUAACACAGCUAUUUUUUGCUUUAUUUACAUCCCAAACAUCUAAAUAAUGUCUUCCUUUUACAAAAUAACAUAAACAACAAGACAAAUAGAGCUUUUGAUAGCAAAGUAACAAUUUAUUUACACAUAACUAACUGAGAGAUGACGCUGUUGUGGCCACGAUAGCCAGUUAAACUUUUCCCUCAUCGCCGCCUGUCUCAUAAAGAUGGAUUUUUUUGAGUCUUUGUGGGGUCUGCUCGGAGAGCAGCACGGACUCAACUAGAGCUGAAACGAGUACUCGAGCAACUCGAGUAACUCGAGUUUAAAAACUGAUCCGAGUAGUUUUAUUCACCUCGAGUAAUCGUUUAUUUUGACAGCUCUAAGCAUCACGUUUUGCUCGGACUACUUUUAAUGCGGGACAACGCGCUGUCACGUGCGGAGAGGAAGAAGGAAAAAAAAAAAAAUUUACUGCAGCCGACAGCCGCCACAAACGACGCCGACGUUGCUAAAUACUAGCCCGCACGAUGCUACGUUGGUACAGGUAGCGUCUGAUGCGUCUCAUAGAGAUGACAUGUAUGUUGAACUAGAUGCAUAAUGACAGACUGGCCGCGUCUGGGCAGCGUUAGUAAACAGCCGCCAUCUUAAAGCAGAAGAGCGCUAAUAAGUAAGAUUAACGUUACUGUCGCUACUAGCUCACGUAACGUUAGCCCUGCGGAGGGCUAGGUUUCAAUUAAUUAUGACCACUGUCGAUGCGUGGCUAACGUGUCUUACAUACAGGCUUUAACAUAGCAUUGUGGAGUGAUGAGGGUGUAAAAUAAAAACUUAAUCAUGCUAACUAUCAAUUUUAGCUCAGUAGUCAUUGCUGGAUAAAACACCAAGUAGCACUGGUCCCUAAUGUGCUCCAAUACAGCCUGUAUCAUACAUUUAUUUUGAACACUGCAAAAACUCAAAAUCCUAUCAGGACUUACAGUUUAGACUAACUUAAAACUUAACUAGAACUUAAAAAUGGCUUGACACAAAGAGAAAUUCAAUUGAAACACGUGGGAAAAAAUCCUAACUUUUAAGUGAUGUGUGUUAUCAAGCGUAACGGCAUUUUUAGGUAAGAUAUAUAUAUAUAUUUUUUUUAAUAAGAUCUAAAAGUUUUUUGAGUGAAAGCAGUGAAUUAGUCUUUUUUUUUUUUAUUCUAGUUACAUCUGAGAUGCAAUUGUUGGCUGUUUUCAACAAUAUACAUCGAAAAUAAAGACAUUGAUUGACUGAAAAUGGCUCAAGAUUAGAUGAAAUGUCUUGUUUUCUCAUGUAUAUUUAUAAUUGCUCUUCACCUAAAAAUAUAUUUGUUUUAUCCGAUUACUCGAUUAAUCGAUAGAAUUUUCAGUCGAUUACUCGAUUACUAAAAUAUUCGAUAGCUGCAGCCCUAGACUCAACGGCAUCGUCCGCUGCACUGGUGGCCACAGUCGUUCUGCUCUGUCUUCCAGCGCCUGGCACCCCGGGCGUCGUCUAAGUUGUUCUCCAUUCGGUCGUAUUCCGCCGGUGCCCGGCCGUUCGUUGCCGUUGUAUCGGGUUGCGGGUCUUACCAAAUGUGGUACUGCCCUCCAGUGGCCAGUUUUAUUGCUUUAAAAUGGAUUUUCAGCUUUGUGCUUUGGAGCUAAAUUGAAUCAGAACCCAGAGAUGUCUCUUGUAAAAAAAAAAAAAAAAACGUAAAAGACGUAUAAAUACGUCUUUGGGAUACUGAAACAAUUAAAAAUAGAACGUAUUUGUACGUUUUUGGGAGCAAAUGAGUUAAUAAACGUCGAUGUCCAAAAUAUAUAACUUCAGUUCUUUUCUGGCUUCAAUUAAUUGUUUAAGUUGACAUAACCCGUGUGUGUGAGUGUGUGUGCGCGCCCCUGCGGCCAGGGGAUGCAAUUUUUGACCGGGGUAACUACAUUAGCAAGACACCGAUUGGGGCUCUGUUGUACAAUUAGCGUCUUUAGUGGGGCAAAUUGCUCGCUCACCAUUUUGGCGGUGCGCUGCGGCGUUUCAUGGUCCACAUUUUCAAUACUUGGUUCCUGCUCAGUAGUUGUUGUCGCUUUUGAAAGCUUAGGUUUGAAAAAAAAAUACGUAUAACCAUCUUGCCUUUUCAGUCUUCAGGUGGUUUUGGCUAAAAAAAGCAAAUGAGCGUCUAAGGUGCUUGUCACAUGAUCUGUUGGAAAAAUAAUUUUGACCCAUUAUAAAAAUAUCUUUUUUCUUUAUUUCAUUCAUUUUUUUUGUCUUUGUUUUAUUGCUUUACAACUUUUAUAGACAAUAUUUUACCGGAAUUUUUAUUUUUAAUUUUAAAAUCAUAUAUAGGAAAGUCAAUUACAUGCAAUGACACUUUUCGGCCACUUUACAGACCCCCUCAAGUUAUAAAAGACGUAUCAUUCAACUAGUUGCCAGUCGACAUUUCAUCACAAAUGUUAUGAAAAUAUUUUAUGAAGGUUGAAAAGUUACCUAGUUUUUCUUUAAAACUUUAAAAAAUGAAUUCAAACUAAUUGUAAAAUAUUAAAAAGAAUAAAUAAAAAUUCAAAUAAGUGUGGCCUCUGUCUACUUGCUUCGGGAAUUUUGAUUUUUUUGUUUUUGUUUUGUUUGAUAAGUUUCUUGUGACCUAACAAAGCUUAACUAUUGGCUGCCAUUGAUGGCAAUAGACCUCCAAUCCAUUUCAACUGUACGUCUAUUGCAGGCAACAGGUAUUUUCAAGAUCAGUUUCCCUCCUUUACCAACUACUUUUAUGAAACUAUAAAGAUUGAAAAGUUACGUAGUGUUCCUUUAAAGAGAAAAACAAGCUAUUCAUUCAUAUAAUUUUUUACUUUGUAUGCUUCAAGCUUUUGUCAAUAAUUGAAGUAGACUUAUAUCGGGUGCGAUGACGUUUCAAACUUGUCAACACUGCAGAAGUGGAGCUUUUAUUUGUGUUAACAGCACA